CAAGCGCACGUGCACCUACAACGGUCUCCUCUCAAGUCAUAGCUCAAGAGUAUAUAUAUUCCUAUUUUGAAAAUGUCGCCCAUUCAGAUGGAAAAGUCGUACGUGAAAGUCUCCUCCACACCCGCUGCAAAGUGCUCUCGGCAGGCAAGGUCAAGCAGCAGGUCGUGGAAUGUGUUUCUUCCUAUCACUCGCAGAGGAAGCUUCUUCCAAGACUCGUUUUUCUCUGACAUACACAAGGAUUUUGACUCCUCCGUCAGGGAGGUGUUGGCCAGAUGGAGUGACGAAGAUUUGAAAGUGAAAGACUUCCGCCGGGAUGAUAUUAUGGACCGUUACAGACAGCUUCGAUCUCGUAACCUAAAGGAAGGGAACCAGGCUGUCACAGUCACAUCAGACAACACAAAUCAUAAGAUUGUGCUGGAUGUGCAUGACUUCAUGUGUGGAGAUGUGAGAGUGAAAGUGUUGGACGAGGAGGAGUUGUUGGUGGAAGGACACGUGGAGAAGAAGGAGGAAGGAAGCUCAUCCGUCUCGUCACACUCCUUCAGACGCUACUUCUCUUUGCCUCAACACACAGACAUGACAGCGAUUACGUCCGUCAUGUCUGCAGAUGGUAUCCUCACAAUCAGUGCGCCAAAAAUAGAAUCUGAUAGCAUUCUUGAUGCAAAGGACUCAGAAGCUGUUGAAAUUCUUGAUCUGCAUGACUCACAGGAAUCUGAUAGCAUUCUUGAUGCAAAGGACUCAGAAGCUGUUGAAAUUCUUGAUCUGCAUGACUCACAGGAAUCUGGUGACAUUCUUGAUGUGCAAGACCUACAGGAAUCUGCUGACAUUCUUCAAGUGAAAGGUCCAGAAGCUGUUGAAAUUCUUGAUCUGCAUGACUCACAGGAAUCUGGUGACAUUCUUGAUGUGCAAGACCUACAGGAAUCUGCUGACAUUCUUCAAGUGAAAGGUCCAGAAGCUGUUGAAAUUCUUGAUCUGCAUGACUCACAGGAAUCUGGUGACAUUCUUGAUGUGCAAGACCUACAGGAAUCUGCUGACAUUCUUCAAGUGAAAGGUCCAGAAGCUGUUGAAAUUCUUGAUCUGCAUGACUCACAGGAAUCUGAUAGCAUUCUUGAUGCAAAGGACUCAGAAGCUGUUGAAAUACUUGAUCUGAAAGACUCGCAAGAAUUUGUUGACAUUCUUGAUGUGAAAGAGCUACAGGGAUCUGCUGACAUUCUUCAAGUGAAAGGUCCAGAAGCUGUUGAAAUUCUUGAUCUGCAUGACUCACAGGAAUCUGGUGACAUUCUUGAUGUGCAAGACCUACAGGAAUCUGCUGACAUUCUUCAAGUGAAAGGUCCAGAAGCUGUUGAAAUUCUUGAUCUGACAGAAUCACAGGAAUCUGAUAGCAUUCUUGAUGCAAAGGACUCAGAAGCUGUUGAAAUUCUUGAUCUGAAAGACUCACAGGAAUCUGUUGACAUUCUUGAUGUGAAAGACCUACAGGAAUCUGCUGACAUUCUUCAAGUGAAAGGUCCAGAAGCUGUUGAAAUUCUUGAUCUGCAUGACUCACAGGAAUCUGGUGACAUUCUUGAUGUGCAAGACCUACAGGAAUCUGCUGACAUUCUUCAAGUGAAAGGUCCAGAAGCUGUUGAAAUUCUUGAUCUGCAUGACUCACAGGAAUCUGGUGACAUUCUUGAUGUGCAAGACCUACAGGAAUCUGCUGACAUUCUUCAAGUGAAAGGUCCAGAAGCUGUUGAAAUUCUUGAUCUGCAUGACUCACAGGAAUCUGAUAGCAUUCUUGAUGCAAAGGACUCAGAAGCUGUUGAAAUUCUUGAUCUGAAAGACUCGCAAGAAUUUGUUGACAUUCUUGAUGUGCAAGACCUACAGGAAUCUGCUGACAUUCUUCAAGUGAAAGGUCCAGAAGCUGUUGAAAUUCUUGAUCUGACAGAAUCACAGGAAUCUGAUAGCAUUCUUGAUGCAAAGGACUCAGAAGCUGUUGAAAUUCUUGAUCUGAAAGACUCACAGGAAUCUGUUGACAUUCUUGAUGUGAAAGACCUACAGGAAUCUGCUGACAUUCUUCAAGUGAAAGGUCCAGAAGCUGUUGAAAUUCUUGAUCUGCAUGACUCACAGGAAUCUGGUGACAUUCUUGAUGUGCAAGACCUACAGGAAUCUGCUGACAUUCUUCAAGUGAAAGGUCCAGAAGCUGUUGAAAUUCUUGAUCUGCAUGACUCACAGGAAUCUGGUGACAUUCUUGAUGUGCAAGACCUACAGGAAUCUGCUGACAUUCUUCAAGUGAAAGGUCCAGAAGCUGUUGAAAUUCUUGAUCUGCAUGACUCACAGGAAUCUGGUGACAUUCUUGAUGUGCAAGACCUACAGGAAUCUGCUGACAUUCUUCAAGUGAAAGGUCCAGAAGCUGUUGAAAUUCUUGAUCUGCAUGACUCACAGGAAUCUGGUGACAUUCUUGAUGUGCAAGACCUACAGGAAUCUGCUGACAUUCUUCAAGUGAAAGGUCCAGAAGCUGUUGAAAUUCUUGAUCUGCAUGACUCACAGGAAUCUGGUGACAUUCUUGAUGUGCAAGACCUACAGGAAUCUGCUGACAUUCUUCAAGUGAAAGGUCCAGAAGCUGUUGAAAUUCUUGAUCUGCAUGACUCACAGGAAUCUGGUGACAUUCUUGAUGUGCAAGACCUACAGGAAUCUGCUGACAUUCUUCAAGUGAAAGGUCCAGAAGCUGUUGAAAUUCUUGAUCUGCAUGACUCACAGGAAUCUGGUGACAUUCUUGAUGUGCAAGACCUACAGGAAUCUGCUGACAUUCUUCAAGUGAAAGGUCCAGAAGCUGUUGAAAUUCUUGAUCUGCAUGACUCACAGGAAUCUGGUGACAUUCUUGAUGUGCAAGACCUACAGGAAUCUGCUGACAUUCUUCAAGUGAAAGGUCCAGAAGCUGUUGAAAUUCUUGAUCUGCAUGACUCACAGGAAUCUGGUGACAUUCUUGAUGUGCAAGACCUACAGGAAUCUGCUGACAUUCUUCAAGUGAAAGGUCCAGAAGCUGUUGAAAUUCUUGAUCUGCAUGACUCACAGGAAUCUGGUGACAUUCUUGAUGUGCAAGACCUACAGGAAUCUGCUGACAUUCUUCAAGUGAAAGGUCCAGAAGCUGUUGAAAUUCUUGAUCUGCAUGACUCACAGGAAUCUGGUGACAUUCUUGAUGUGCAAGACCUACAGGAAUCUGCUGACAUUCUUCAAGUGAAAGGUCCAGAAGCUGUUGAAAUUCUUGAUCUGCAUGACUCACAGGAAUCUGGUGACAUUCUUGAUGUGCAAGACCUACAGGAAUCUGCUGACAUUCUUCAAGUGAAAGGUCCAGAAGCUGUUGAAAUUCUUGAUCUGCAUGACUCACAGGAAUCUGGUGACAUUCUUGAUGUGCAAGACCUACAGGAAUCUGCUGACAUUCUUCAAGUGAAAGGUCCAGAAGCUGUUGAAAUUCUUGAUCUGCAUGACUCACAGGAAUCUGGUGACAUUCUUGAUGUGCAAGACCUACAGGAAUCUGCUGACAUUCUUCAAGUGAAAGGUCCAGAAGCUGUUGAAAUUCUUGAUCUGCAUGACUCACAGGAAUCUGGUGACAUUCUUGAUGUGAAAGAUUCACAGGAAGCUGUUGCUGAGGCUCAGAAUACGUCAGAAGCUCAUAACUCAAAGUCUUCAGCCAUUUUGGACGAUGUCACUGAGGAUGCAGUACCUGUGCAAGAAAGGUCCAAACCAGUUUCUGAGGAAACGCUCGACAGUGAAAUGAAUCAGUUGGCAGCAACUGAGAGUUGCACAGAUUCCCCUCAGUCAUCUGGAGAUUCUUGUACCUAUGAAAAAGAAGUCGUCGAUACUCUUGGGCAGCUGAAACUUACAGAGAUGACUGAAACCGCACAUACAGAAGAGUCUACAGAAACUGCUGAAACGUUGAAAGGAAUGAGAAGCGUUCACAGAGAUUCGCCAGAAGAGCUCUUGCUCAUCACCAAAAGAGGAAGCUUCUUCCAAGACUCGUUUUUCUCUGACAUACACAAGGAUUUUGACUCCUGCGUCAGGGAGGUGUUGGCCAGAUGGAGUGACGAAGAUUUGAAAGUGAAAGACUUCCGCCGGGAUGAUAUUAUGGACCGUUACAGACAGCUUCGAUCUCGUAACCUAAAGGAAGGGAACCAGGCUGUCACAGUCACAUCAGACAACACAAGUCAUAAGGUGAGUCGGUAUAUCAAUCGCUGUUUCCAAAUAGUCACUGGACGAGACACUAUCUCCCAGAUCGUGCUUGACGUGUAUGACUUCAUGUGCGGAGACGUCAAGGUGAAAGUCGUAGACGAGAAGGAGCUGGUGGUGGAAGGACGCGUAGAGAAGAAGGAGGAAGGAAGUUCAUCCGUCUCGUCACACUUCUUCAGACGCCGCUUUUCCCUGCCUCACCGCACUGACAUGACACACAUUACUUCUGUCAUGUCAUCAGAUGGUAUCCUCACAAUAACUGCUCCCAAAACGGCAGGAGAACCACAGCAAAACUUCUCCAUGACUGAGGAAAGGAAGGAAUCAACAACGGUUCAAGACUUAACACCCAAGGCACUCUUGUCCACGACGGAGAAAAAUAUCUCCAUUCACGAGAAUCUUGUCAAUGUAGAUCAGAAGGACUUUGAGUGUGAACAAAAACACACAUACGAGAACAAGAUGAGAAAGCUGAAGAAAGAAUUCGAAUUUCCUGCUGAAUCCAAGGAAGUUUUAAAGCCCAAGAUCUGUCAAAAUCAGUCUGUGGAUGAAUCUACAACUGCUUCUGUCCAUGAACAUGGAAACGAUUUUAAUAAUCAGGAUCAUGAACUCAAACGAUUGACUGAAACAUUCAAAUCAACAAUCACUGAGAAAGUCUCUUGUGAUGACUUUAUUCCUGCCCAUGAAGAACAACAAACAUCCAUGCAAUCAGAAUCUGAGUCAACAGAAGCCAUCAAUCUGCGCGAGGAAAUCUUGCCCAUCACUCGAAGAGGAAGCUUCGUUCAGGAUUCCUUCUUCCUCGAUGUCCACCAAGAGUUCUACACUGCCAUCAGAGAGGUCCUGAAGAAGUGGGUUAGCAUAGACACUGAGGACUUUCUUAGCCUUAGUCACAGCGAUAUUCUAGACCGCUACAGACAGCUUCGGUCCCGUGAUUUGAGGGAAGAAACUCAAGUUUCUAUCGUCACGUCCGACAACACUAGUUACAAGAUCGUGUUGGACGUCCAAGACUUCAUGAAUAGGGAUCUGAAGGUGAAGGUGGUGGGCGAGACAAAGGUGGUGGUGGAAGGACAUGUAACGAAGAGAGGAGGAAGCUCAUCCGUGUCCUCAUGCUCCUUCCGACGCUGCUUCUCCUUGCCAGAGUAUAUUGACAUGGCAACCAUCACGUGCAUCAUGUCUUCUGAUGGCAUACUCACAAUCGUCGCUUCAAAAAUGCCAGAAGAAUCGGAAGAAUACAAAGUGAUCAGCUCCAAUGAGGAAGUUCAAGAAUCCUCUGAAGUUCAACGCUCGGUAUUCCCAACUAAUGAAACAAUCUCUCUCCAUGAGGAAUGUGAAAAUGCAAGCAAAGCCACAUAUGACUGCAUGGACUCUAUGGCAGAAGAUACGAGCAUUGAGUUCGAAGAUGUAAAGACUCCAGUCUCCUCUGAAGAAAUGUGUCAGUCAGUGCAAUCUGAGACAACCCAACAGUUCCUUCUGUCGUCUGAUUCUGCAGCAACAUCGAGUCAUGAUACUGAUUUUGACAUUGUAGAAAGUCAAAAUCAGAGCAAAGAGACUAUUGGCACACUAGAAUCUAUUGUAACUGAAGAAGCGAUGGCUGAUGAUUCAGCUUCUGUGUCUUACUCCGAGUCUGCAGAUAUUAAAGAAGGUUCCCUAUGUCGCCGAAGUUCGACUGGCUUGAAUGAAACGUUUGGUGAUAACUCCCAGGAUUCUCUUCCUUCUGUCAUUCCUGAAGAAGUCCUUCAUCUUGAUGACUCCCAACAGGCAAUUGAAAUUCUUGAUCUGCAUGACUCACAGGAAUCUGUUGGCAUUCUCGAUGCAAAAGGCUCAGCUGUUGAAAAUCUUGACCUGAAAAACUCACAGGAAUCUGGUGACAUUCUUGAUGUGCAAGAGCUACAGGAAUCUGCUGACAUUCUUCAAGUGAAAGGUCCAGAAGCUGUUGAAGUUCUUGAUCUGACAGACUCACAGGAAUCUGUUGACAUUCUUGAUGCAAAAGGCUCAGCUGUUGAAAAUCUUGACCUGGAAAACUCACAGGAAUCUGGUGACAUUCUUGAUGUGCAAGACCUACAGGAAUCUGCUGACAUUCUUCAAGUGAAAGGUCCAGAAGCUGUUGAAGUUCUUGAUCUGACAGACUCACAGGAAUCUGUUGACAUUCUUGAUGCAAAAGGCUCAGCUGUUGAAAAUCUUGACCUGGAAAACUCACAGGAAUCUGGUGACAUUCUUGAUGUGCAAGAGCUACAGGAAUCUGCUGACAUUCUUCAAGUGAAAGGUCCAGAAGCUGUUGAAAUUCUUGAUCUGAGAGACUCACAGGAAUCUGUUGAUAUUCUUGAUGUGAAAGACUCACAUGAGCCUAUUGACAUUCUUGAAGUGAAAGGCUCAGAAGUUGUAGAAAUUCCUGACCUUAAAGAUUCCCAGGAAUCUACUGAAAUUUUGUAUCAAAAGGAUUCAGAGGAAGCUGCUGAAAUUUUGUAUCAAAAGGAUUCAGAGGAAGCUGCUGAAAUUUUUGAUCUGAAGGAUUCAGAAGCUGUUGAAAUUCUUGAUCUUAAAGAUUCCCAGGAAUCUGUUUGCAUUAUUGAUGUGAAAGAUUUACAGGAAGCUGUUGCUGAGGCUCAGAAUACGUCAGAAGCUCAUAACUCAAAGUCUUCAGCCAUUUUGGACGAUGUCACUGAGGAUGCAGUACCUGUGCAAGAAAGGUCCAAACCAGUUUCUGAGGAAACGCUCGACAGUGAAAUGAAUCAGUUGGCAGCAACUGAGAGUUGCACAGAUUCCCCUCAGUCAUCUGGAGAUUCUUGUACCUAUGAAAAAGAAGUCGUCGAUACUCUUGGGCAGCUGAAACUUACAGAGAUGACUGAAACCGCACAUACAGAAGAGUCUACAGAAACGGCUGAAACGUUGAAAGGAAUGAGAAGCGUUCACAGAGAUUCGCCAGAAGAGCUCUUGCUCAUCACCAAAAGAGGAAACUUCUUCCAAGACUCAUUCUUCCUCGACACUCACCGAGACUUCAGUGCCGCUCUCAGGCAGGUGUUGGACAGGUGCAAUGAAGUAAACUUUGAGAACGACAUUAACCUCUGUUACACCGAUCUCCUGGAACGCUACAGGCAGCUUCGAUCUCGCGAUCUAAAGGAAGAGAAUCAGGCUGUUUUCGUUACAUCAGACAAGUCUCCUCUAAAGAUAAUUGUGGACGUUUAUGAGUUCAUGAGUGGAGAUAUACAAGCGAAGGUUGUUGAUGAGAAAGAGUUAGUCAUUGAGGGACGUGUGGUGAAGAGCGAAGGAACCUCAUCCGAGACCUCUCACUCCUUCAGACGCCGCUUCUCUCUUCCGCAGUAUACCGAUAUCACUUCUGUUAUGUCGUUAGAUGGCAUCCUCUCAGUUACUGUGAUAUUUAAGGAAGGAAAAGUCGAGCUAAAUACAGCUAAAAAGACUGAAGCAAAAUGCAACAUUACAAACGAAAUUAUUGAGUCACAAUCACCUUCACUUUCUGCUGAAAAGCGCGUGCUUGAGGUGAAGACUGAAAAUCAAGAUAGGCUGAACAAGAAUGUGACAUCACAGUCACAGGAAACUCUUAAUUUCUCUCGAGACUUCACAUCGGGGACAGAGAGGUCCAAACUCGAUUCCAACUUCGAGGACAAUAGAUUGAGACGCUUUGGACGAGAAUAUGACAGGGAAUCUGAAGAAACCAACAGAUAUAACGUCACCGAAGACACAAGUAUGGGAACGUCCUCUCGUUUCACGAGUGUUUCUCAGUCUAGCUCCGCAUUGAAGUCUUUUCCAGUCACGAGGAGAGGACUCUUCUUCUCCGAUUACUUUUUCCGAGACACAAGGGAGGAUUUCCAGAAAGCCGUAAGGGAAGUCCUGAGCAAAUGGGGAGAGAAGUCGUCUUACGGUGACGAGAUGACUUGCUACAGAAAACUGCGAGCACGAAAUAUGAGGGAAGAUAAUCAGGCAGUGACGUCUUCGGAAGAUGAACGUCAUUAUAAGUUCGUCAUUGAUGUUCAAGACUUUAUGGACGUUGGAGAGAUCAGCGUGAAGGCUGUGAACGAGAGAGAGUUGGUGGUUGAAGGUCACUUGGAGAAGAAGGAAGACGGUUCGAAGUCCAGCAAGCGGUUCCUUCGUCGGUUCAUUGUUCCUGGAGACUUUGAGCUUGAAGCUGUCAUUGCAGUCAUGUCUUCUGACGGUGUGCUUAAAAUUUCAGCUCCGAAGAGGAAGGGCCACAACCGAAAACACGUUUCAACUGAUGUAGAAGACAUGGACGAUUGCGAUGCAAUGUUUUCAAGGAAAUUCACAAGUGGACAUCGUCUCGCCGAGGACUUUUUGGGGAAGAGAGAUUCAUCUUCGGAUGACGAGGAUGUUAGGACAUUUGCCAGGAAAAUCAAUGAUCGCUACCAAGUCGCCUUCCAAGACGACGACGAAGACUUUGAAAAUGGACAUAUGCUCAACAAGGAGACAAAGAUGAAAACUGACAAGGACUUUAAAUUUGACAUUCCAAGCUUUUCAACGGAAACCCGGGUUUUACACAUGGACAGAAGGGGUGUUUUCACUGAAGACUAUUUCUUCGCGAAUGUUCGUGACAGCUUCAGCCAAGCAGUGAGAGAAGUGCUGGAAAAGGCUAAUGCAUGGACCUGUCGAAGUGACGCCAUGCACAACUACAGACGUCUGCGUCAGCGUAACCUCAAGUUGGAAACUCAGGCUGUUGGCAUCAUUGACGAUCAAGACUCGCACAAGAUUGUGAUGGACGUUUUUGAUUUCAUUAAGGGCGACGUGACAGUGCAGUUGGUGAAGGGCAAGGAACUGCUGGUCGAGGGUCAAGCAGAGAAGCAGGACGGAAGCAGAGUGUCCCGAGUGAGCUUCGUGCGUCGCUUCGCGUUGCCUGACCUCGUCGACCGAGACGCCAUCAGCUGCGUGUUGUCCUCGGACGGAAUCCUGACAAUCAUCUCCAAGAAGAGAGCAUGCGAGUACAGGACUAGUGCAAGGGGAUUUUCCAGUGAGAGGAAGUCCUACGGUGACGCGGCUGGCAGGUGGGAGGACAAGAAAGUGAAGGACUCCCUCGCGGAUCUGGAAGGCCCCAGCUCUCGGAGCUUCAGCACUGGCUCUCGCUCCCGCUACCAUCGCUCCUAUGCGAAGCAAUAUUAGAGAGUAUAAGUCCUCACACAGAUAUUUUAAUGCAUAGUUAAAAAAAAUAUGUAUUCUUGUACUCAAUAAGUGAUUAUUUUUAUAUAUACACGUUAAUUUUACUGCUGAGGAGUACCUUUAUAUGUGAAGUCUACCCUACAUAACUAAUUGUUUACAUAUAAGUUUUGUAUAGAAGAGUAUUGAUUUUUAAAUCACAUUCCUUUCUACAAAUACCUUCAUAUUUUAUUUUGAAGAAAAAGUGUAUUUGUAUAUCCAAAUAAAAUGACUUUCUCUAA